CGCAGACAGGAGGCGGACGCGGCGGCGACCAUCUGGAAGGAAAGUGGCUGCGCGGCACGGCACGAGACGGCACGCCUGUAUGUCUCGCGGUGUGCCUGAACGUUAGCUAGCUCCACGCGCUCUAUUUCUCGGAUAUAACCGCGGAGAACAGCGGAGAAGAAGCGGGGAUAUUAUGGCGACGCUGGGGCCGGAGUCGGCUCGUCCUCCCCACUCCCAGCUCUGCUCUUCCCCGUCGAUCCAGUCUCACAUCGGCGGCGCCAACCUGCCUCCUAACCGGGGCUUGGAGCGGGCGCUGGAGGAGGCGGCGGCCAGCGGCGUGCUCAACCUCAGCUCCCGAAAACUGAAGGAGUUUCCCCGGACAGCCGCCAACCAUGACCUGACGGACACGGUGGAAGCAGGUAGGCGGCUCUUCCACACCUCUCCCCGGGUCGCUUUACGAGAUGACAGAUCUCCAGCCAGCAGACCUCCAUCCUUCACCAGCCCAGUGUUUGGACUGAAGCCCCGUUCGGCCCCGCCCUCGCUGCCCUGCUCGCCCCCUCUUUCCUGUCUCGACCCCUCCCUCCUCUCACAGGCCUCGCCCCUCCAUAGAGAUACACCUCGUAGCCACGAAGAUGGAGGCAUGCACAGCCGCGUGUUCCUGCGAAGCCACAAGAGUCUGGAGUCUGUUGAUCCUCAGUUCACCAUGAGGAGAAAGAUGGAGCAGCUGCGAGAGGAGCUGGAGCUCAUGGAGCAACUGCGAGACAGCAUCGAGAGCAGACUGAAGGUCGCCCUUCCUGAAGACCUCGGGUCCUCUCUGAUGGACGGCGUCGUGCUCUGCCAUCUAGCCAAUCACAUUCGGCCACGCUCUGUUGGCAGCAUCCACGUGCCCUCGCCUGCAGUGCCCAAACUCAGCAUGGCCAAGUGUCGGAGAAAUGUGGAGAACUUCCUGGACGCCUGCAGGAAGAUUGGUGUACCAGAGUCUUCCCUCUGUUCGCCUUAUGACAUCAUCCAGUGCCGCCUGCAGCCGGUUUGUGCCACAGUUCAGGCACUGGCUGCCUUGGAUGCGACAUCUCUGGACAGGAAACAGGCAAUCUCGACUCCAAACCCCACCUCCUCUGGGGUGUCAGAGACUCCCUCAUUGGUUUCUGUAACCACCCAAACCCCGCCUCCCGCAUGGCAAAUCUGGGACCUUAUUGGCUCAAGCCUGCUUCACAUCCUCUGCCUAGUUCUGCUGUUUGUGGCCUAUAGCUGGAGCGAGCUAACGUAA